AUGCUCUUGCUCCAGCAUAGAGACAGGCCAGGCGCGCAUUUCGCGCUUACACGGUCACGCUCGUCCACUAUCUCAGUCCGCGCAGCACAGCCUUGCCUGGUGCUGUCCAACGAUGAUGGCGUCGAGAGCUAUGCACUCCAGUCCUUGGCUGCCAGACUUCGUAAGGAGACAGGGCACAGAGUUCUCGUGGUUGCCCCAGCUCGUAACAAAAGCGCAGCGAGCAUGGGCCUUACCCUCCGGUACGACAUGGAACUGCGUGUACGACCAGAUCUGGGACCAGACACAUACGCCUUAGCGGGCACCCCCACGGAUUGCAUGAUGGUGGCCUUGGACGCGACAAAAGGCCUUAUGCGGGCGCUGGAUCUUCACCCCAUCCUGGCGCUGUCCGGGCCCAACUACGGUCCCAACAUGGGGACGGAUGUGCUGCUGAGCGGCACGGUGGGCGCAGCGCGUACGGCAGGGCUGUACGGCGUCCCUUCCCUGGCCUCUAGCAGUACCAGUACGGAUAAAAGCUCGGCGCUGGACAAUGCAGUGGAAGCGACGUUGGCUCUGGCCGGGAUGGCCCUGGAGGCCCUGGGUUGCCGGCCUGCUCGUAACUGGCCCCGAAACCACGUCGUCGUGGGAGGCAUUGGGCGCCGGCACGUGGCCUCCACAUGCGAGUACGAAUCCCUUCCGCACAAUUGGGUGAUGGAUGUUGAGCAGGUUCUUGUGGACGCAUUUCAAGACGGGGAUGUGUUCCUAAACCUCAAUGUGCCCGCGGAGUGGCGACCAGGAAGCGGCAGAGUGGCGACCACGGGAUUGGGGCUUAUGUUUUACCGCGAUUCGUACGUGGUUUCGGUGCCCGGGCGACCUAACAUGCUGGUGACCUCCGCUGAUGCAUCCAUUGUAAAGGCCAACGGUAACGGUAACGGCAACGGUGCUAUCGGCACAAGUAGCGACGAGCCGCAAUGCGCUACUGUCAACGGGAACGGCAACGGUGACGCCUUCAAGACGGAUGUCGUACAGGAUAUUGCGGAGGCACUGGCUGCCGGGCUUCCCGUUGUGUAUAAUAACGCGUACGACACGCGCCGUACCAUGCAAAUCGAUCGCAGUGACGUCAUGGCGUUGCAGUCCGGUCACGUCUCCAUCUCCACUCUGCAGGCCCAGGGUAACGGCGGCGAGUCAGGCCGGAUGAUCACGGUGAUGGUGGCGUGGUGA